UCAAUCGUCCUUCUAUCAUCCGCUUACUGCUCCCUCUUGGACAGGGAGCAUCUCCACUGCCCCAAGACUCGAUAUAUCCACUUAGUUCCAGACCUCCCCAUUCUCCAUGAAGUUUCAUGAACCGUUGGCCACAGCUAUCUUCUCUGGUCGCCCAUCAUGAAACGGCUGUCACCUCAAUAUUAGAUUACUAUCUUUAACGUGACCGUGCCUCCAUAUUUCUUUUAUUCCAAGGGCUAUUGAAUAUGGAAGCAUAUGACAUCCUCUGAUCAUCCUGAUAUGCCAUUGGGUACGCCAUCGUGGAGUCCGUCCAUUGAAGAUUCCCCUCUUCUGUCAUACUCUAAUGCCCUAGUGACUACUCCGUACUAUCGACCGGCUUUUUUUUCAAUAAUACCGCGGAUACCCCUUGCGGUGCGCUUGAUAAGCUUUGUGUCCACUAAUGAUGGUCUCUCGUCCUUUUGACGAAGAGCCGAUGUCUAUUUCCCAUUCUGUUAUUGUUUCCCUUUCCAAUCUAUUGCAUGACCUCUUAUAUAGUACUCAUUUAGUGGCGUCUACAGUAAAGCUAUUUGCCUUACUAGACUGAACUUACCUUGAACCACUUAUAUUAGUGUCCCUCCCCGGCAGUCAUCCGCCUCGGCCGAUGCGCCAUGAGUGUACACGAUGUCGGUCACAACGUCUCUUUGGUGGCCCGAGGAUAGAAUCAAAGCUACACUAUCCUCAGAAUAUGUCUUCGGUCAUCUACCGUCCAACAUCCUGCACCGCCUCGUGGAGCCUUUGCCCUGGGGAGAGGGCCUGACUAGCGAGACGUACCUCGACUGGAUUCUCUCCAAGGCGGGGAGACUUUUUCUCAUUUUGGUCGAUAUCGGGAUUCCAGAUCGCAUUUUCGCCUUGGUAGAUGAGUCAUUUGAUGACUCGGAUCUGCCUAUUGCGGCUCACAGCGUCGAUCGCCUUCACCUUUCGCCAGAAAACGAAGACCCUUCCUUGGAAUCAAAGUUCUUCCUUGCCCAAUGGCGUUUCAUUGUCCGCGGAAUUGGCGAAGGCGACUACGUAAAAUAUACGGAGAAUGAGGGCGUCCCCGUGGAGCUUCUGCGAACUGGAACAGCCCUUGUGAGAGAGGGUGUUGAAAGGGUUGUCUUAGCUAGUGCUGUCUGUCGAGUUUACUUGCGGACGCAAGUUACAAUUGGAGGGGCACCGCAUUUUUUCGAAGAAGAUGAGGUACUUGAAGAGAUUAAGUCGUUGAGACGACUGGCGCAUGACCAUGUAUAUUCGAUAUACGGGGCUUAUUUUGUCGACAAAACUGUGUGUAUCCUUUUCACGGGUGUAUACGAACGCACUUUGAUGUCUUUCCUCACCGAUAUUCCGUCGCACUUCAAGCGUCUCCCCAAAGCCCAACGCCGAGAAUUUUUGCUUAAUUGGCCACAUUGUCUCGCAAAUGGGCUUUCAUGGCUCCAUGCGCAUGGUCAGGUUCAUGGCGCCAUUCGCCCUUCGAACGUACUCAUUGAUGAAGAUUACAGAGUCUUUCUGGGCCAAUUCGAAGCUCUCGAUACCCUGUUACCUCCAGUCAAGGUAGAUGACGUGGAGUCAUAUCAGUAUGGUGCUCCAGAACGCUGGGUACGCUCAGCUAGUGUCCAGCAAGCAGGUCCACAACGAGUUGACCUCCCAUCGGGUGGGCGUACAGCUCGGAAGCAGUCUGCGCAUCCAAUGAAGCUAAACCUGUCAAUAUUGAAAGGACCACACCGGGCGGAACAUGAGUCUGUUAGCCCAAGAUCUGGUUCAAUGGCUUCUCAGAGCACCGCCAUUCGUGUUGGUCUUCCUGGAUCUCGGUUUUCCUUUGCUGCGUCGUCCUCUUCGGGAUCCAGCAAUGGGAGUGCUCGUAAACGCGUCAUACCCUCCAUCAAACGGCCUAUAUUAUACACGCCCUCUAUCACUUCUUCUAGCUCAUCGGGAUCUUCUUCGAACCGUGCCUCUUCAGUGACGAACCCGGUUGGUUUGCCAGGUACAAAUUCCAGUGUGGCCGUAGUCCACACAUGGGAAUCACAUCAAACUGACCCGGAAGCUUCAGAUAUCUUCUCUCUCGGGGCAGUAAUUCUGGAUAUAUUCACCCACCUUUGUAAGCGCAAGAUUUCUGCAUUUGCCCAUCAUCGCGGGGCGAAGAAUCGAACCGCCGGCCGUGGAGGAGGCGUUGCUGAUUGCUCCUUCCAUCUGGAUCGAAACCUUAACCAAGUCACCUCAUGGAUUACUCUUCUGGAUCACGACUCGAAAAAGCAAAAAGACCCUGUGUUCCAGGCUGUUCGACCAAUGCUAGCUGUAGUACGGAACAUGUUGAAUAAAGAGCCCGCCGAUCGACCCUCCGCAUAUCAAGUUGAACAUCACUUCUCUGUGAUAAUGCACCAACUAGGCAGAGUAGCUAAUAUGCACUGCUCCUCACGCCUACAGUGUCAUACCAGAAACCCGAAGGGUCGAUUACACGGGGGGCCACAUGCAACAACACCAAGACUCACUGUUCCCUCGAUUUCCAGAUCAGCAUCACCACACUCACCUCUAUCUGUAGCGACGAACUCUCCUAUUUACUCAGAGGGGUCUACAGGAUUUACUCCCUCCCCAUCACCUUCUGUGGCUGGCUUCAACCUCUCUGGCCCUACGGUGGCCUAUUCCGAGAACAGUGACACAGACCAGGAGAGUCGCCGGUACACUGACUCAGAUGCAGCCCCCUGGUACGAUCCAUCUUGGAAUUACAGAAUGGCAAUUUGAGUGACAGUAUCAGUCGCUUCUAGCCAUUCCACCUAUUCGUACUUUAUACUCCCUCCCUCUCUUUCUCUUUUUUUUCACCCCCUUUUUAAUGUACUUCACGACACACUUUCCUGAACCCUUUCUUUCGAAUUUGUAUCAAUUUCCUUCGUUCCUACCUUCAUUCAAUACCCUUACUCCAAGCGCUUUUCAAGCAUAUUUUUAUAUUGUAUUUCUAGCUACAUACGCAGUUCCGGGUGGUUUUCGUGAUAUUCUUUAUCAUAUUUUCUUAUAUUAUUUUCCCUGCCUCUCUUGGUUUUAUGCGUCAUGCUCUCUUUGGUUGUAUAUGUUCUGUUCCGCGCAACGAUGAAAUAUGAAUAUGGGGGAUGCUCGAUUAGAUCUAAUGGGGAUAUGCAUAGUAUAAUAAUUCAGAAACAAGUUCUAUGCCAAAUCUUUGCACGAUAAUUGUCUAGCCUCUCAUUUGUAUGCCAGAAUCCAUCAUCACACAAUGUACCUAUCCAAUACAUCAACCCCAAAAUGUAUAACGACAAAGCUACUAGUACCUACAUAGACUCUAUACCCGGUAACCCAGACAACCUCCAAAAACAACACAUCUAUUCCACCGCAAACCAAGACCCAAAGCACGUGCGCUUGAAA